CUUCUCCACAUCGACGUUUCUCGACCACCACAUUGGAUUUCCUGGGUCGACUCUGCUUGUAUUUUACAACAUGGAGGCGGCCACAGAUCCAGCAGCGGACCCCAGGUUCCAAACCAACAACUCCAUAACCACCAAACAGCAGCCGAAACAGCAACUCUCAAAAGCCAUGGAGCACAUGCGCUUCGCCGUAACUGUCGAUCCAAUUCCACGCUCCUCCUCAGCACCAACACCUCCUGUCUCCGACCUCCCCACCCCGACACCAGAACCGCAUCCCGAAUCCGACGCCUACGGGGUUCCCGCCUCCUUCGCACCCGUCCGCCAACCCGCCCACCGCUCGCACUCACCCUCCAACAACCAAAAACGCAGUGACCCCUUCGCAUUCGGCUCACGGUACCUGGAAGAAGGCGACGACAUCUUCGAAUUCAACGCGUGGGAUCACGUCGAAGUCGACCCCACCUACCACGAAUUCUCCGAACAGCAGUACGAAAAGCAAAGGCAAGAUCCCGUAAAUGACUUUGACCGCAAGCGCUUCAACGAUAACCCCGAGAAGUGGUGGAAUAUGUUCUACAAGAACAACAAGACCAAUUUCUUCAAGAAUAGGAAGUGGCUGGCGCAGGAAUUCCCUGUGCUAGAUGAGGUUACGAAGGAGGAUUCGGCUCCCGCGUUAGUGCUAGAGGUGGGCGCGGGAGCGGGGAACAGCGCUUUUCCAAUAUUACAGAAGAGGCAGAAUAAGGGGUUGAAAAUUCACGCGUGUGAUUUUUCGAAGAAGGCGGUCGAACUAAUCCGUGGUCAUGAGCUGUAUGACCCGCAAUAUAUACAGGCAGACGUGUGGGACGUUGCCGCAUCGCCGGAGUCAGAGAAUGCGGGACUACCGCCAGGGAUAGAAGAGGGAAGCGUAGACGUCGUGCUGAUGAUAUUUAUCUUCUCAGCGCUAAAUCCGCGGCAAUGGGACCAGGCGGUACGAAAUGUCUGGAGGGUACUGAAGCCGGGUGGUCAAGUACUGUUCCGCGAUUACGGGCGAGGUGAUUUGGCGCAGGUGAGGUUUAAGAAGGGGAGGUAUAUGGAGGAGAACUUCUACGUCCGCGGUGAUGGGACGCGGGUGUACUUCUUCGAGAAGGAGCAGCUUGAGGAAAUAUGGGGAGGGCAGAAGCGCCAGUCCGAAGCCAGCGAGGAGACUCAGCCGAGUGGGCCCGCCGACACAUCUAUUGAAGACAAAGUAGAGGAGCUGAACCUCGACGGCUCGAACGGAGUGCUUGAACCACGCCCAGCGUUCGAGGUGGUGCACUUCGGGGUCGACAGACGAAUGCUUGUCAACCGGCAACGGAGACUGAAAAUGUACCGUUGCUGGAUGCAAGCAGUAUUUCGAAAACCUGGCGAUCAGAGUGAGGUUCCCACUAGCACGAUACGGCAGGAUAAAGGGCCUGCUACGGCUGAAGUUGAGGAAGCAUCGUGAGCUCCCUCCAUGGACACGUAUAUGUGGACAGUUAUAAUGCAUAUGACGGAGGUGCCGACAUUCAGAGAAUACCAUAUUUGCGCAAGCUGUGCGCGAUAGUCGCGAAUCAAGAUCUCAGGGCUUUGC